AUGCCUGAGGAAGUGCACCAUGGAGAGGAGGAGGUGGAGACAUUUGCCUUCCAGGCAGAAAUUGCCCAACUCAUGUCUCUUAUUAUCAACACCUUCUAUUCCAACAAGGAAAUUUUUCUUCGGGAGUUGAUCAGUAAUGCUUCUGAUGCCUUGGACAAGAUUCGCUAUGAGAGCCUGACAGACCCUUCCAAAUUGGACAGUGGUAAAGAGCUGAAAAUUGACAUCAUCCCAAACCCCCAGGAGCAUACUCUGACUCUGGUAGACACAGGCAUUGGCAUGACCAAAGCUGAUCUUGUAAAUAAUUUGGGAACCAUUGCCAAGUCUGGCACUAAAGCAUUUAUGGAGGCUCUUCAGGCUGGUGCAGACAUCUCCAUGAUUGGGUGAUUUGGUGUCGGCUUCUACUCUGCCUACCUAGUGGCAGAGAAAGUGGUUGUGAUCACAAAGCAUAACGAUGAUGAACAGUAUGCUUGGGAGUCUUCUGCUGGAGGUUCCUUCACUGUCCGUGCUGACCAUGGUGAGCCUAUUGGCCGCAGUACCAAAGUGAUUCUCCACCUGAAGGAAGACCAAACAGAGUACUUGGAAGAGAGGCGGGUCAAAGAAGUGGUGAAGAAGCACUCUCAGUUCAUAGGCUAUCCCAUCACACUUUAUCUGGAGAAA